AUGAUGACCUUGCACAAGAAAAUUAUCGUCCCGCUCGAUGGUUCCGAAUUGUCCGAUCAGGCAUUGCGGCCGGCAAUGCUCAUGGCGGAAACCACCGGAGCAACGGUCAACCUGGUGCGCUGUUUCGCUUCCAUACCCAGGUGGCAGGUCGACCGUUACCAGGGUAGGCACAGCGGCUCCAUGUCGGAAUCGGAGCAUGUCCGCAUCACCGCCUGGUUGAAGGCACACAAACUCCGGUUGGCAAAAGACGGUUCAACCGUCCCGAUCGAGGUCUCCGCCCACGAAGGCCCGGCCGUGGAACACAUCACCCGCCUGGCAAACCAAGAGCCGGACGCCCUGAUCGUCAUGUCCACCCACGGACGUGGCGGCCUGUCCCGCCUCAUCAUGGGUAGUGUAACCAGUCGGGUGGUCAGGGCAGUUCGCAACCCGAUGUUCAUCGUCCGGAGUACCGAAACUGACAUGCUCAAUACUCCGGAAGUCAUCGACCGCAUCAUCGUCCCGCUGGAUGGUACGACGUUCUCAGAGGCAGCGCUGUCCCACGCCGGGGCUUUGGCGGCAAGCUUUGGAGCCAGGGUAACGCUCUACCAAGCAACCCACGGCGCCGGAUUCUUCCAGUCCAAUUCCGAGUGGGUGGGCUCCAACGGUGAGGCAGGGUUCGAAUUCAGCAGCCCCUCGAAAAUGGCCACCGAACUCGCCGUCCAGUCAAUGAACUACCUUUCGGACUGUGCCGACAGCCUGAAGGCGGAAUUCGGACUUACCCGCGUGGACGUUGUAAAUUCCCAGGAGAAUGCGGCGGACGCCAUUGUCAGGUUGGCCGGGGAUUCUGACAAUGGUUUGGUGGUAAUGACCACCCAUGGCCGUGCCGGAGUGGGGCGGGCGUUGCUCGGCAGCGUCGCCGACCGGGUCGUGCGUGCGUCUCCCGUUCCCACCCUGCUGGUUCAGGAACCAGCCGUCCACGGCGAUAUGUCUGUCGGGCGGAGCGUGGACAACCUGGUGGGCGCUGUCUUGUAG